CCCUCCCCGGCUGAGGGAUCGAGACUCUGUCCCCUUUCCACAGAUUCAAUUCUUCAGCCCUCCCAAGGUGCCCGAAGCUAGGAGCCCUGUGCCUCCAACGGGCAGGUUCCCCUUGUCUCCCCCGCCUCCCCCAAAUUGAGGCCCUCUGUCACCCUGGUAUCCCCAGAACUUUACUUCCUCUGCUGCCCCAUCCUCCCCCGGUCCCCGGGAGGGAGGGGACCCCAUCAUCUCCAGACUGGAUUCUUUUCCCCCUACCUGUCCAUCACGACCCUGAGCCUGGGAAAAGCCCCCUGCAGUGAUUCAAAGGCAAAGCUCUUGGGUCCCUGCAGGGCCUGCGAGACCCAACCUGGGCUCAUUUCAUCGGCCCAAGCCUCACACCAGGGAGAAACUAUAUCAAAAACUGGAGCCAGGCCACCUUAAACCCGACAUCCUCCCUCUCUGCUUCUCGGCCUCACCCACACGGCAGCCUGCUCAGUUCCUGUUGCUGUGUUUCACAACCCCUGCAUCAGAACAUGCUUAUCACCAGCUUCUCAGAAGCAGCAGCUGCCGCAAGGUAUUGCAUGCCUGCUGCAGAAGCCGCUGUGCCCAUCUCUGUGGCGCAUUCCCUGCUGCCAGCACCCGGGCGCCCCUGUUCGCUGGGGCAUGGCUUUUCCAGCCAAAGAAUUCCUUUGCGGCAGUGAUCCCAGCACUAGAGGUUUCGGCUCAAGCUCCCCUUGAACAGGAUCUGCCCCCUCUGAUGACCCAGCUCUCUGACUGCAGCCUGAGGGUUGCCAUUCCAGAAACAGGUGCUGGCCGAAGACUUUGUUGGUCGCUGUUGCCCAUCAGCCCUUUGGGAAGGACACGUGACAAUUCUUUGGGGCUCUCUGUGCCCCGCACUCCUUGCCAGGGUUCAGCUCGGCACCGCUGCCGUCGCCAUGGAGUUUGCAGAGCUGAUCAAGACAGCGAAGGUGGAGAACGUGCAGCUCUCAUGCCCCGGGCUCCCGCCGAUCAAGGGGACGCUGUGCAUCACCAGCCAUCACCUGCUGCUGUCGUCCCAGCCCGGGGGCCAAGAGGAGCAGGGCACGGUGGAGCUUUGGCUUCUCAUCCGGAACGUGGACGCUGUUGAGAAAAGUGUUCAGAACCUAGGCUGGUACCAAACCUCCAGGACUAACAGCUCCCACCAAGAGACCAGGAUUGCAAGUUCCUUGGGCACAAUCACACUCAAGUGCAAAGACCUGAAAGUGCUGCAGCUGGAGAUCCCGGGUAUGGAGGAAUGUCUCAACAUCGCCAGCUCCACUGAGGCCCUCUCUUCUGUGGAUUCAGUGAUGAUGAUGUACCCAUUCUUCUACAGACCCCAAAGCAUGAAGCUCAAGGAUGGAUGGCAGCUUUACCCCCUCCAACAUUACUACCAACAAAUCGCCUCAGAGACAAGUGCUUGGAGGCUGAGCUGUGUUAACGGGGAUUUCACCAUCUGCUCCAGUUACCCACUAGCUGUAAUUGUACCAGCCACAGUGGACGAUAAUGUCUUGAAGAAGGCUGCCCGGUUCCGCCAGGGGGGACGAUUCCCUGUCCUCAGCUACUAUCACAAGAAGAAUGGGACGGUGAUGCUCCGUAGCAGCCAGCCACUGAUAGGGCCCAACAGGAAGCGCUGCCAAGAGGAUGAAUUGCUGCUCAGCGCCGUCCUGGAUGGAGGGGAGCGUGGCUUCAUCAUCGACACCCGCUCAGCUCAGGCAGCCAAGCAGGCUCGGGUGAUGGGGGGCGGCACGGAGCCCAAAUCCUCCUAUCCCCACUGGAAGAGGCUGCACAGGCCACUGGAGAGGGGCCGCCCGCUCCAGGAGAGUUUCAUUAAGCUGGUAGAAGCCUGCAACGACACUUCCCUCAGCAUGGACCGCUGGCUGAGCAAGCUGGAGAGCUCCAAAUGGCUGGCCCACGUCAAGGGGGCCCUGAGCACCGCCUGCCUGGCCGCCCAGUGCAUGGAGAGGGAAGAGGCCUGCGUCCUGGUGCAUGGAGCCGAGGGGACAGAUACCACCCUGCUGGUGACCGCUCUGGCCCAGGUGAUCCUAGACCCUGACUGCAGGACCCUGACUGGCUUCCAGGGGCUGCUGGAACGGGAGUGGAUAGAGGCAGGACACCCGUUUCACUUCCGCUGUGCCCACUCCGCCUACUCCCACACCCGGCUCAAGCAGGAGGCUCCCAUCUUCCUCCUCUUCCUCGACUGUGUCUGGCAGCUGGGGCGCCAGUUCCCCUUCUCCCUGCAGUUUAACGAGCGCCUCCUGCUGGUGCUGUUCGAACACACGUACGCAUCUUGCUACGGGACCUUUCUGUGCAACAGCGAGAAGGAAAGGUGCUUGUGUGAAGUGAAGGAGAAAACUCACUCCCUCUGGUCCUGGCUGAACCAACCCAGCGAGCUGAAGAAACUCCUGAAUCCCCUGUACACAUACAAUGCCCUGGUCAUCUGGCCGUCCGUGGAGCCUCAGAGCCUGCAGCUCUGGCAAGGUUUGUUCCUCCGGUGGAUCCGAUCCUCUCAGUACUUAGAUGAGGCCUGGGCAGAAAUCCAGCGACUAGUGACAAACUGUGAAGAUGCCCCAGAGGAGGGCGCAGGGCGCACACUGUGCCACUCACAACCAGAUGCUGCUUACCCACUGACAAUCACAGGGACUGCAAACAAAGGAUGAACCAGAACAUCGAUGGCUGCAACAGAACGGCUGGUGGCUCAGGCUUGGCCACAUCUCCCAUCUAUCGCUCAGACUGCUCCAGAGGCAGCAAGGACAGACACUGCCUCUUAGGGAGUAGGGCUUUGUGCUGGUCACACGGGCCCUGUUGAAGCCAAAUACAAAUUUGGACAGCAGGCCAGGCUCUGAGCCGAACGCACCAGGAUCAGAGGACACGUGGGGCACGCACGGACCCAACCUUGUGGCACAAUGCUUUGAGCAGUUACAAAGUACAGACUAGGUUUGUUACAGUAAAAUGGUCUCUACUCAUGACUUCUCCUCCUUUUGAGUGGGGAAUAUUCAGGGCAUGUCUACACUGCAAUAAAAAACCCGCAGCACUGAGGCUCAGAGCCUGGGUCAGCUGAUGCGGGGUCGCAGAGCUUUAAAAAAAAAAAAAAAGAUAUUCAGCACCAAAACCUUCCUAGUGCGGGAAGCAACUGUUCCAUGAGGAAAGUCAGCUCAGGCUCCCUUCCUGCACAAAGCAAUGGGGUCAUGUGCAUGUGUCAUCUGGAAACAUAGCAGCCAGUAAUUGUUUUCUGGCUUGUUCACAGAGUCAGUGAUUCUGGGUAUUAGUGAAGGGGAGAUGCCACUGGACAGUGAUGGGUGGGUAGGAGAUUUAUCCAGGGUAACCAGAGAGAACCAAGCUGAGUUUACCCACAGCCACCACAAGGACUGAGACGCUUUAACUCAUCUGGUUAUAAAAGAGAUUUUUAUUUACCAUUUCCUUUUGAGUUUAUUUUCUCACAGACUUAUAAAUAUCUCCAGCAGGGCAGGAAGUUAGUGUCCAUAGCAGCCGGGAGCAAGCUGGCCCAUUCUUCCCUCUGGUCUCACACCACUCAGACUACCUCAGACAAAGCAGCUGAUCCUGCCAUUCCAGGCUGGUUUCUCUUUUAGGCUCACACCCUCAG